GACCAUUGAAACAUUAGAAGUAGCAUAACAUAAGCCAUUGAACACUAUGGACUCGGUUUUUGGAACAAAUCAAUAAUUUCCUGCUGGGCUCCUUCACAAGCCCAAACUCGUUGCAAAGUGCCGCGCGACAGAAGCACAGCGACUUUUAUAACGGUAGUAGUGACCAGGUAGAGUACUCGUUUAUCACGCCCAAUUAGGAAAGGUCAAGUACUCGGCAGAGUUUUCCGAGAAAUAAAGCACGGGUUGACCAAUUACGGACCUCACCGCAAAAGCUCCCUUUCAAUCUUAAAUCUAAGACUGUAGAAAGGAUCUGAGUAUCUCCAACUAUGACUUCUUCCUCACUCACAGUAUACGACCCGCUCCUAGUCGCUGCAGAAGCGGAUAACGAAAUAAUACUCCAAGCUAUCGACAGCAAAACCUUCCCUCCCCAUGCUAAUCUCCAAACAUGCGAGCCAGAACGAUCUACCAUUACUGAACACCUCAAAUAUCUCACCGAAAAUUUCUGGUACGAUAGCUACCGCGCUCGGACGUGGGGCUACACCAUAGUCCGGACCGCCUACCGCCCCGGCGAUGACGAGAAAUUCAAGCUUGGAAUCGAAGUCAUCCACAAAUUUCUCAGGUUGUGGAGCGAUCAAGAAUUGAGGUAUGCUACUGAGCAGAUAUACGGCCGAGGUGACCGACUGGGCCUCCGCGGCGAUUACGAAAUCAAGUAUUAUCACUGGCCGGAGGGAAUGCCUGAGACUGCGAGCUCGGCACCGAACGAGUGUUUCUUAGGCCGAUUUGUCAAUGAUAUUGUUGAAGACGAAGAAAACUUAAGUGGUGCUAGCGUGCCUCAGGUCACCGAGGCCUUCAAGCAAUGGUGCUUGGCACACUGGGACGGGAACCCUUUACAUCUCUCAGCUGCUAGUCCUCGAUUCCAGUCCUGCAUCCUAAUGGACGCCGAGACCUUGGAUGAACUCCAGACAGCUCAUAAAGUGGUUUCAAAACUCCCAUCUACGAAUAGUCGGGAUCUGGGUUUCAAAAUAGGUGGACAAUUUUGGAUCAAGAUGGUAGAAAGGUCCCCGCAACCACGGUAUCCGAGCGGAACGACUGAUUGCUAUCGCCUCUUGUUGGGGGAUGUCGCGGACUUUUGGUUUCGGAGAGAAUGGUCGGAUCCGGAAACGACAACUGAUCCGAUGGUAGGGCAACCGGAGGAUGUGUUUUGGUAUAUUUCGGGUUGUUAUGGGAAGAGUGUGUACGACACGAUGGUUUGCACGUACCCGGACUUACCUACAUGAAUUCUCAAAUGUUAUAGCAGACCACACUUGACUGGUGUUUUCUCUACAAGUAGACUAUAGAAUCAAAUAGAGGCUAAGUCUUGCG